AUGCCAUUUGAGACCGCCCAGGACGAUAGGACCGCUGCCCUCAUUGACGCAUGCUUGAGGGCGCGUGAGCGGUCGUACAGCCCGUAUUCAAAGUUCCGGGUCGGUGCUGCGCUAAGGACUACCUCAGGUGAGGUUUUCACCGGCUGCAACAUCGAGAACGCUGCGUUCACGCCGACCGUGUGUGCUGAGCGCGUGGCCAUGUCAACGGCAGUGUUCCUCCGUGAGUUCUGCAAUGAUCUUGAGAUGCUGCUGGUGCGGCCCGACGGUACGUUCGUCCGGUCAAGCCUGUCGAAGCUGUUGCCCGAAUCCAAUGAAUACUAUGUUGGGUAUGUCGAGGACGAUGAGUCGGUUGACGCGAUCAUGAAAAAGUUUGAGGAGCUCGAGCGAAUUGAACGAGAGUUUUCGGCAAAGAAGAAGGCUGUUGCUGAGGCUUCCGGUAGCAGCUCCAUACCUGGCACACCCGGCCCCUCCACUGAGGCUGGUGCGGCACAGACACCCGACGAAUCCACAGAAACUACAGAAGCGCAUACAGAGACAGCAGCACACCAAGGCAUAGCAGCAAACCAGGAGGGCCAUGAUUCUGAGGAGGACGGGGGAAUGACUGCGGAGCAGCUCGAGGAGAUUUUCAAGCGCACCAGCGCCUUCACUGUGCGCGGUGCCAUGCUUGAUGAUUUCGAUUUGGAAGUAAUGGACGACCUGGAGCUGUGGGAGGCCGAGGCUGGCGGGGUUCCGGCCGAGUGGGAGGAAGAGGAAGACUAUGUUGCGCUCAACAUUGACGAUGACGAGCUUGACAACGAAUUCGGCGUUGUGCCGAGGCGCCGUCGGUACCAGAGACGCGAGCACAGAGCACCCGGCUCCAAGCUGAGCAAGAGCGACCAGAUCAUCCAGCGGUACAAAUACAUGCAGGUGCGGAUCCAGGACCGCCACGGGCACACGUUUUUUGUCAGUCGCAAGGUCAACGCUGUUGAUCCGAGCAUGCCAACAUAUGUGCGGAUUCCACCCAACCCGAUCCCCCGCUCAUGGGUGAAGCAUGUGCGCACGAUCAAUGACAGUGAGGAGUCAACGCCAAAGCAUGUUAUCUCAGGCAUCAUUAUCCCAAAAACAGAGCCAAAGUGGUCCCGGUUCAUCCACACGUCAACCACCCUGGACUAUGACUUUUCGAAAUUCAGCCAGACAUUCCAGUGCGUCUACAUGGAUCCACCGCUACUGCUCCCCGACGAGCCCUCGAAGCCUGGGUACUUUGACGUCUCCAAGCUGAAGGCCAUUCCAGUUGGCAAGCUACUGGUCCCGGGCGCCUUCCUGUUUACAUGGUGCGAAAAGGAGCUGUUGCCGGACAUGUGCGAGAUGGCCGAACACGAGUGGGGCCUCAAAUACGUGGAAAACUUUUGCUGGGUCCGGCAGAACACAAACAACCAAAUUGCCGCGCUGCCGUCGGACUACUUCCGUCGGUCCAAAGUCACGCUGCUGAUCUUCCGCAGGGAAGGCGACCUGGAAAUGCGCCAUCAGCGGAGUCCUGACAGCCUGUUUGACUUUGUCAAGCCCAGACGACCAGGAGAUCUGAAUGAUCGGAAGCCGGAGUUUGCAUACCAGGUCAUCCAGACACUGCUGCCAAAGUCACUGUGCUCAGAGGAAUUGCCAGUCCCAGACCGGCUUUUGCAGCUGUGGAUGCCCGAGGACUGCCAUCGGACCAACUGGACCACGAUUGUGCAGGAUCCAAUUCUGGAUGGGGCCGCAUAG